AUGUCGCUCUUUGGGAGACGGCCUACACGUCGAGGCACCACUAACGGGACCAGCGCUAUGAAUGGCAGCACAAACACUCUUCCCCGAACAGACUCUCCGCCGCCAGAGCCAGAGCCGGAUAGCACUGUUGUCCCUAUCAACCAGACGGAAUAUGCUCGAAGAUGUCGGGAGGUUAUGGAGUUGUAUCGCGCUCUUCAAGCCCUAGGUGCAGAUAGGCUGUUCCCGACGUUGCCAAAGAUCAUAGUUAUCGCCGGAAAGAGCUCCCUGGUAGAAGCCGUCUCCGGAAUCAAUGUACCCCGCGACAGUGGGACUUGUACUAGGUGUCCCAUGGAAUGCACGAUGCUCAGCUCAUCCUCCACCUGGUCGUGCACGAUAUACCUCCACUUGAAGUACGCGGCAGACGGUAGCGAACUCGCCAUCCCGGAGAAGGCACAAUUUGGGGGGGUUAUUACGAACAAGGAUACGGUCGAACUCUGGAUCAGGCGAGCACAAGCUGCAAUACUCUGCCGUCAUCGUCCCAAGGAGGAUUUUAUCAACAUGAACACCGAGGACCUACGCAAUCUUGCUAAAAUUGACUCGCAGACGCUACCGUUCUCCAAGAAUAUCGUCCAAGUGGAACUGAGAGAUCCCGACCUGACGGAUUUGUCUUUCGUGGAUCUGCCAGGAAUUAUACACAAUGCCGAAGAAGAGACUAUCAAGCUCGUUCACGAUCUGGUGGUUUCCUAUAUCGAAGAAUCUGAGAAUACGAUUGUCCUCAUAACUAUUCCGAUGUCAGAUGAUAUCGAAAUGCAAGCAGCUGUGAAACUCGCAAAGGCUCGUGAUCCCGACGGUGAUCGCACGAUCGGAGUGUUGACCAAACCGGACAUGCUCACAGUGGGCGCCUCUGGUGCGCGUCAAAAGUGGAGAGAGAUCAUUCUCGGCCAAGAUCAGAAGCACAAGCUCAAGCACGGCUACUACUGCGUUCGCCUCCCCGACGACGACGAGCGUAAACGCAAGAUCUCUCGAGAAGAAUCCCAAGCGAGGGCGAAACGAUAUUUCGAGGAAAACUCUCCUUGGAAGGAGUAUCCCGACCGCAACCGAUUUGGCGUACCAGCGCUUGUCCACGAUAUCAGUCGUCUGUUGGUCGCGCUAAUCGAGAAUUACAUACCGACCCUGAAACAAAGUGUUGAUGAUCUCCUUGCUAGCGACAGAGCAGAGUACAACGCCCUUCCUCCACUCCCACCUACCGACGAAGCAUGGUCCCAGAUCGUUGUCCUCAUCCAUCAGUUCUGCAUUGACGUGAAAGCCGCCGUCGAAGGCGAAGAAGGACACAAGAGUUUCGUACAGCGUAACCGUGCUAGGUACGAACAGUUCAAGCGCGACAUUCUCGGGACGUGCCCGAACUUCCGGCCAUUCGAGGAUAAGACUCGGUAUCUAGAUCCGUGUAUCCGGGACGAACAGUUCGAGGGGAAGGACAACCCAUACGUGCAUAUGGCCGCGUCCGAGUACAUAAUGGAUAUCAAGGAUGUCAAGAGAGAGAUUGAGGACUGUACUUCGUGGGAACUUCCUGGUGAAGUUCCGCUGGAAACAACGCGAAAGCUCAUUGAGCUCUUUACGAAGAAGUGGUCCGAUCCUUCUAUGCAGUGCUUUCGACGCCGGUGUACGAUACGUCGACGAUGUACAUUGAGAACUUGGUUGCGCGACGUUUCGGACAGUUCAAGCCCCUUGGAGACGCGCAUUAGAGCACUUGUGCGGGAGCAGAUGGAGAUUUGCAAGAGCGAGGCGCUCGUCAUACUCAGCAAGGCCGUGAAAUUGGAGACGUCACCAGUCUAUACUCAAGUCCCACAAUACUCGAUGGAGCGCUCUAAGUGGCAUUGGGACUACAAUACAAAUCCAACCCUGCUUGCUCCAGUUCGCGAGGCAACAGAAGACGAAGAAGCGCUGCUCAUAAUGGCCAAGGUCAGGGCAUACUUUGAGAUGGCGUACAAGCGAUUUAUUGAUAAUAUUCCGCUUACUAUCGAGCAUGAGCUACAUCAAACUCUGCUACCUCGCUUGUCGGAGAGUCUUAUCAAGGAUAUGGGAGGGUCGAAUGCCAGCGAGCGGGCUAAGGAGCUGCUGACAGAGGAUCCGGAAAUCGCAUUGAGAAGGAGUGUCUUACAAGAGAGAAUCGCAAGACUGGAGGAGAUCAAGAGGAGGCUCUAUGCUUUUAGGUGA